CUUCACCUUUCAACGAGACCGCCUCCCCAUGUUUCGGCAUUGAACGACCCUUGCGACAGCCAUUCCUCAGAACUAACAGACGAAAAAACGACGCUUCCAUGCAUAUGGAUGUCCGUAUUAACGACACUGAAAUUACUCAGCCGAGACUGCUGCCAGGCUCAGUGACAUUGGGACUGCUCGUACCAUCGAGAAUAAGAAAGCAACGAUUGGAUGAGAAGUUGACUGAAUCUGAGGGAUAGACAGGAUACAGGAAACAGGGGAAUGAACCAGGAUCGCCAAUUACACGACUGGUCACUUCACCCUCUCACCACCGACUAUUUCUCUCUUCAGGAGGACGGUCAAGUGACAUGAAUUCCAGCCGCGUAUAUAAGCACUCGAACCACACUGAAACCAUAACCAUUCAUCGGUAUCUAACUCCACGACAUGAAGAAACGUGCCUUGCAACAAGUCUUACUGGCGACGCUGGUAGGAGUCGCACUAGCAGAGCCCUCUCUUUCCGGCCAAAAAAUGAGUGCACCUAUCAUUGACCUCGGUUAUGCUCGAUAUCAAGGUGUUUUUGAUGCACACAAUAAUCUGACGAACUUUCGUGGAAUACGAUAUGCUGCUGCGCCUACUGGCAAGAAUCGAUGGAGGGCACCACAAGCACCCCCAAAUACCAGUGGUGUUCAGCUUGCCAACGCCAAUCCGCUGAUGUGCCUCCAAGCUCCAACUGGCGCUGCUUCCACAAAUCCCUACUCGAGCAUCCCCCACUCGGCGAUCUCCCAAUUGAAGGUCCAGACACGUCAAACACCGGGAACGGGCGAGGACUGCUUGUUUUUGAAUGUCGCGUUUCCGGGUACAAAACCUCCGUCGGAAGGUUUACCCACGGUGGUAUGGAUCCAUGGCGGAGGGUACAUUUCUGGAAGCUUGGGAGCGUUUCAACUAGGGGACAUCGUCCGAGAAUCUAAACAAGGAGUGGUUGUUGUCGCUAUGCAGUAUCGGCUGGGUCUCUUCGGCUUUCUUUCAGGGAACAAGGUCAAGGAGAACGGUGAUCUCAAUGCCGGGUUGCUCGAUCAACACUUUGCUCUUCGCUGGGUCCAUGAGCAUAUCUCAAAAUUCGGGGGUGACCCAAACAAAGUUACGAUUUGGGGAGGGUCUGCAGGAGCCGGGUCCGUUUUACAGCACGUCAUCGCUGAAGACGGGAAGACUACCCCAGAGCUAUUUAGAGCUGCCAUCACGAGUUCCACCUUCUUGCCUUCACAGUACAAGUUCAAUGACCCAAUCCCUGAGGCGAUAUACCACAAAGUGGUUUCUCAGACAAUAUGUUCUAAAUCCUCUGACACACUUGCAUGCCUGAGAGCUGUGAAUGUUCAAGUUCUCGAACAAGCGAACAAGAACAUCGGUUAUGCUUCAUUCUUUGGCACAUUUUCCUUCGGACCUGUGGUCGACGGAACAUUUAUUAAGCAGAGUGCAACCAAGGCCUUAAAACAGAGGAAAGUCAACGGGCAAGCGCUUUUGGCUGUGACAAACACAAACGAAGGGCCGGUCUUCGUGGAUCAACACGCACAUGCAAAUGUCACGCACUUUGCGAGUCAACUCUUCCCAAACUUUGGACCUCGGCAGGAGGUUGCAGUUACUCGGCAGUAUAACGGGCUGGGGUCACAGUUGAAUCAACAGAACCUUGUCAUGGGUGAAUCGAUCUUCGUAUGCCCGACAUACUACCUCCUGAAUGCAUUCCCAGACCGAUCGUUCAAGCUUAUCACGCCCAGGACCACAGCUACUUCUUUACUGGCGGUAAACCAACCCCUUUCAACAAUGUUGAUUUCGUGAAAGCUUUCUCUCAAUCCUUCCUGUCAUUCGCGAUAUCUCUCGAUCCGAACGUGAAAUUUGAUAAUUCAAACGUCACGCCGAAGUGGGGGUUAUACAAUGAGGGAGCAACUGAGAUGGUGUUCAACCGGUCUGGUAACGCUGCAGAUGUGCAUACGGUGACGACGGAUUCUGGACUUCUCAGGAGAUGCUGUUUCUGGGAGACUCUAGGUGCUUUAACUCCUCAAUGAGAGACUUAUACUUGGUUUUUUUUUUUUCGCUACUGAUUAGUGAGAUAUCCUGAACAAGGUGUCGUGGAUAAUGUUUAGCCAGUACAAGUUCACAAAACAUUUGCUUGAAAACACAAACACUCCAAAGUACG